AUGAGCACAUCGACUCCCCGCCUGCGGUCUGGGUUCCCAGCUACCCCAGCUGCCAAUCGACGACAUAACAAUCAACAAACUCCCAGCUCAGCUGGCUCGCCAUCAUACGGAAAGGGCUCAACAACGAGGUCUCCUUCUUUGCCUCUCGCGCCCGAGAGUACUCGACCUCAGACCACUGUCAGCCAGCCUGUCAUUCCUCUGACCGUUCUCGACGCUCCUCAGCAGCGUCUCUACACCUUCGGUGUCUACGUCUUGUUGUGGGCAUGGAAGCUUUACGACUGGCUCCAGGUGGUUGAGGAUGGCGAUUCGUCUUGGUUCCUAUUUCUUAAAUGGAUCUUCAUCGAUUUCGCAUUCCUUUUUGGCGUGCCGGAAUUGAGGAUACCUUGGCUCGAGCUCUCCCAACCUGUUGUGACCACUAUAUUCUCCUUGCAUCUGGUUCUCAACUACAUGCUCAUGUUCAACAUUCCUAUCCCGUGGCAGUCAUGGAUUCUCGGCUUCGCCAAAGUUCUCUACGACCGCGAAAUAUCAAUCUCCGAGCAUAAUGUCAAGGUAUCGACUAUUCUCAACAAUCAUUCCCUCAUCAUGGGAAAGCAGAUCAUCAAUAUCUUGCCUGAAGGCUCGGCAAUUCUCAACCCAAAGGGGACCCCGUUCUGUUUGGCCGCAAAGCCAAAGCAUGCCAUAGAUCUUCCCAUCUAUUUCAAUGCCACGAUUCCUGCCGAAAUUGAAUUGAUCCGACUCGACUUCGAGACAAACAAGGAGGAAACGAUAAAGAUCUCGAACCGAGAGGUCAACAGGGUCGCCAAGCAAAUCCGAGAGCACAACACUGAUCAAACUACGUUCGGCUUUCAGUGGGACUAUCCAGUUAAGAAGCCGGGUGUCUACCGCCUUGGAAAGGUUUUGGACGAGUACAAACUUGAAGUUCAGCGUGCUACCACAGACACAUAUGUCGUUCCUUGUCCUCAAGCAAGAAUCCGAGCAUCAUCAGACUCUCAGCGAUGUAUUCAGGAACUCUCUAAUCUUUCAUUGGAUGUGUAUGGUACACCGCCCCUCAAAAUUCAGUACAGUCGCACGAUCAACGGCAAGGACCACAGUUUCCAUUUCCAGAGUCUUCAACCUGAUGGAUUUUCCUCACCUCUCCUCGGUGCUUCCUCCAGUCUCGUUUCGGAUGAUCAGGACGAUAUUUCGUGGGCGCGAGCUCGAAAGGUCACAGUUGGUCUUAACGAGUCCAUGACCUCUGCCGGCGAAUGGGAGUACUCGAUCGACGAAGUUUAUGAUGCCUUUGGCAACGUCGUCAAAUAUGCUGAAUUGGAAGAGGACCCCAGCCAAGCUCGAGUUAAAGGCUUGAAAUACGGCUUCAAGGUCAAGGAGCGCCCCAAGGCGAGCAUGAAUGGUUGUGACAUGCGCAACCCUUUCAAGGUUGCCAAGGGCCGAUCUGUCCGACUUCCUGUUGACUUCUCCCUGAUAGGAUCCAAAGACGACACUUCCCACGAGGUCACCUGGGAAUUCUCUCCUAUCAACUCCCUUACGAACAGCGGAGAGCAUGGAGAUGAGGUGUCGAUCGGCGGUUACAACGCUAAGAAUGCGAUGGAUAAGCCGUUUGUCUCAGAACCCGGCCUGUACACCCUCAAGACCAUCUCCAGCGGGUCUUGCAAGGGUGAAGUUAAGGAGCCGUCAUCAUGCCUUCUUUUGAACCCAUUGGAGCCCUCUCUUUCCGUUCGCUCAGAGGAGAUCCCCGAUAAAUGCGCAGGCAACUCUAUCGGCUUGAGAGUGGAUUUGGACCUCGUUGGAACACCUCCCUUCGUAGUUCGAUACGACAUAGUCACUAGUGAUGGGCAUGUUGAGAAACAAUCCCACCGCGUUCCUGGCCUGCGAUCUCAGUUGGAGCUGGUACCGAAAAUGGCAGGUCGUCACAAGUACAUCUUCAAGUCCGUCGACGACGCUGUGUAUGAGAACCAGCCUCUCACUGGCGACGACAAAGUUCUGGAGCAGGUUGUCAAGCCUGCUGCCUCGGCCAAGAUUUCAAGCAGUAGCGGAGUUGUCAAUGCUUGUCUCGACUCAGAAGUCGACCUUGAUGUCAUUCUCUACGGAGAGGCUCCCUUCAAUUUAGAAUGGGAGAUUGUUCAUGACGGCAAGCGCAAGUCGGAGCGAGUCACUGGCGUUCAAGAGAGCAGUUUCAGAAUCAAGACCAACACACUCCGCAAGGGAGGAGAAUACAUCCUUGCCCUGAGCAGCGUUCAGGACAAGCGAGGAUGUAAGACUUUCCUUCAGGAUCAAGUCAAGAUUGCUGUGCGACGCCAGCAGCCACGGGCCGCUUUUGGCUUUGUUGAACACAAGCAAAAGAUCAUGGCCGUUGAGGACACACACUUGCGCUUGCCUCUGCGCCUGGAAGGAGAACCUCCUUUUGAGAUCACCUACAGAAACCUUGCUGGUAAUGGCGAAGUGUUGACCAAGCGUGCAAACAACGCAAAUGAUAACCUCCUGGUCAAGAGCCAAGGCACCUAUGAACUGGUUGAAGUACGAGACGUCCAGUGCCCUGGAUCCGUUGUUCCUGCAGCAGCCCGGUUUGAAGUUGGCUGGUUCCCUAGGCCCGAAAUCUCAGUUGUUGAAUCCCCGAGUAUUAAAUCUGAUGGCAACACAUUCGUCAAGCAAGAUAUUUGCGAAGGAGACAUCGAUGGAUUUGAAGUCAACCUCAAGGGAUCGCCUCCUUACCAUGUGCAAUACGAUGUUACGCACAAGCCUGUCAAGGGCUCCAAGGCUUUUACUCGCAAAGACUUCGAUGCGCCUCUUGCAAAGGCAGCCAUUUCCAUGGAUACCACCAAGGCCGGCGAUUAUACCUACAAGUUCUCUGCUCUUGCCGAUAACCUAUACAACAGCGACAAGAACUUUCACCCUCUCACUCUCACGCAGCGCGUGAACGCUAAGCCUUCGGCUGGGUUUACGAAACCCGGCCAGUCGUUCAAGUACUGCAUGGAGGAGCAGGAACAUGAAGACAGAAUCCCAAUUAAGCUCACCGGGGAAGCUCCUUUCUACGUCGAAGUCGAGAUCAAGCAUCAAGCUGGGUCCCCUGCCGAGACUUACAGAAUUCCCUCCAUCGACUCCAACUCGUACGGCAUCCGAAUUCCUCGUCAGCACCUCCGACUCGGCGCACAGCAGGUUCGUAUUCGUACCGUCAGAGACGCCAGAGGCUGCCAGCGCAAGUAUGAGCAUGGGGGACCGUCGGUGCAAAUCCACUUGUACGAGGCGCCUUCUAUCUACCCUCUCGAGUCUCGACGCGACUACUGUGUCGGUGAGCGUAUUGCAUACACUUUAUCUGGCACACCUCCAUUUGACAUUUCCUACGACUUCAACGGCCGGUGGAAUGCCAAGUCGCAAACAACCAGCUUCCGCCGUAUUGCAGAGAAGCCUGGUGAUUUUACUAUCACCAGCAUCUCGGACAAGGCCAGCGAAUGUCGCGCCGCUGUCAACAUCCCCAAGACAAUCCACCCGCUGCCAAGUGUCCAAAUCAGUCGUGGUAAGCAGUCCCGUGUCGACAUUCACGAGGGCAAUGAAGUGGAUAUCUUCUUCGAGUUCUGGGGCACACCACCUUUCGAGUUCACCUACACACGCAGCUCCAAUGCCAAGAAGGGGCAGCGCAGUAUCGUUCUCGAGACGAGACAUGAUGUCUCUUAUGAGCACAGCAAGGUGGUCAAGGCAAGCCAGGAGGGUACAUAUGAGGUUGUCGCGAUCAAAGAUAAGUUCUGUUCAUUCUCGACACAGCAGGUUGAGAAGAAGCAAAGAAGAUAG